AUGUCGCUCGCAUCCGGUGUCCAGAUCCAGGAUGACUGCAUCACUGCCUUCCAAGACUUCAGCCGGAGCCACGGCAAGACCAAGUACAUCAUCUACAAGAUCGCCGACGACAAGAAGUCGGUUGUCGUAGACUCAGUCGGCAAGGACCAGGACUACGAGGUCUUCCGCAACGAGCUCGCCAAUGCCAAGGACAGCCAGGGCCGCGUCGCCCCCCGUUACGCCGUCUACGAUGUCGAGUACGAGCUUCCCGGCGAGGGCAAGAGCAAGAUUAUCUUCAUCUCCUGGGUGCCUGCCGAUACCCCCACCCUCUGGUCCAUGAUCUACGCCAGCACCCGUGAGGUUCUCAAGAACGCCCUCAACGUCGUCACCUCCAUCCACGCCGAUGACAAGGCCGAUAUCGAGUGGAAGACAGUCCUGAAGGAGGCCAGCGGUGGCAAGGCAUAG